UCAAUGUUUUCUGCAGCUGCCUGCCUGUUUCGUUCGAGGUGAAUUUUUCUGGAUUAGCAAUGCAAAACAGAAUCAAAAUUUGUAAUUAGAUUAACCGUAAUUGUUGCGAAACCGUGCGAUUCGAAUUGAAUUCGUUAUAUUGAUUCCUUGGGCCGUACAUUGGUGGUGAAGUGAUUUGAGUGGUUGGUGCUGGCAUCGUUCUGAAUUGGGUCGCGCGAGUGUUUUGGUUCACCUUGCGGAGCAAAAGAAAACACCGAAAUCGAAAAAGGAAAAGGUUCAUCGAACGAGUCCAGAUUGUGAAUGUAGUGUUGAAGUUGUAAACGGAGCAGACGACUCUCACUGAUGUUUGCAGCUAAUGACGUGUUGUUUCUGGAUUAAGCGCUGCUGUCGAGCGGAACGAAGACGAUUCGUCUUAGAUCGGUGCAGAUUCGGGGUAGGACGGCGGAUGCAACUGGCUGCAGUUACAGCGGAUUUUCCUUAUGAGUACACAAAUACCAUCUGCCUGGAAGCGAUCUGCAGCAGAAGCAGCAAGAAGCAAAAUUUUAGCCGCAGAAGCCCAGCGAAAUAUCCGUCGACGAAUCAGCUCCAGUUUGCGCCCCUGGGAAAAACCUUCCUCCGAACUUGACCCCAGUCCGAAAAACGACGACGACGAUGGAAGCGGCCAGGGACGGAAAGUAGUGUCGUCACUGUUUCCUCAGCUGAAAUCCAACAAGGUCACCACCAGUAGCGGUGAAUUUGAUGACGACAGCAGCAUUCGUUCUUCAAGUGCCAGUAGCGUUAUUUAUCAGCAAACGAGCUACGAAAAUGCAAAACAAGACGACGUGGACUUGCGGCGAGAGUUCAGCAGUCAGUUGUCUGCGGACGGUUUGAACGAAAUUGCUUCUAAUCAGCUCUCAGUAGGCCUACCGAAAACGGACGGUGGUUGCGAGCUGACCGAGGACAGUAUUUUGGCUGGAUCCGGAAUAACGGGACCGAUCGAUCCGGCCAAUCCAGAUCCACCGAUGGGAACCGGUUCCGGUCGGCGGUACAGUAGAAUCAGUAUGAUCAUCAUCUACGGUCGGGAAGUGCUGUGCAUUCUGGCACUCAUUCUGACAACUUAUGCAUCGAUACACAAUAGUCCUCCAAAAAUAUCGAAAGCUCCUCCUCCGGUACCGUUUUUCUCCCGAGGAUCCCUAGUACACGAUUGGCCGUCCGGAGCAUUGGGCCCAACCCAGACACGAGUCUCCCAGUCGGAGCUGUCCUUCGUAUUCUACUACGCGCCGUGGUGUGCCGAGAGUCAAAAUGCUCGGGCUGUAUACGAGCACGUUGCCCGGCUUUACUACCGGGAGGCUCAUUUUGCAGCCAUUAACUGCUGGCAGCCGGGUGGCGAGUGCCGUUUGCACUAUUCCAAGGUUCAAUCGUGGCCGGUGCUGAUGGCCUAUCAACCGAAUGCGAUUGCCGUGCAGUUUCACCAGAGCUGGACCAAUGGAGCGCUGGCCCGGUUUGUGCAAUCGUUGCUGACUCCGCUGCACCGGUUGACCGAACCAGGGGAUCUGAUGAGCCUCAUGACCGGAAAAGAUGCUGUAGUAGUGGCGUUUCUGGACAUGGAAUUGAAUCGACGGCAGUACAACCGGUUUUAUCAAACAUCCCUCAAAUGGUUAGAGAAAGAUCCUUUCCAGGAAGUUGCAUUCGGUAUCGUGACCGGUGAUUCAGCGGCCGCCUUUGGACUGGAAGAAAUACCCGCCAUACGGUUGUACCUAUGGAACGAAACUAUCGAAUUCACCGGGAACAGCUCCUGGACGCACGCGGAGCUCAUCGGCUGGGUUAACAAACACAUUCAAGUCGUUUCGAUGUGGAUCGCACCGCCGGGGGCCAGCAAAUCCGCCUCCUUGGCUCCCUACUUCAAGCAGGGACCGGUGCUUUUUUUCUUCACCCCUCGGCCACUGUAUGGAGCGGGUUCAUCCGAUGCCUACAUGAUGCUCCGCCAACUGGGUAUGCUGUACUACAACUGCCAGGGUGACAUCUGGGUUCAGGAAAUGGCCACGAAAUAUAUAGCCGAGCAGCGUCGCUACGCAGUUGAAUCUUAUGGUUUAUUGAAAGAUGAAUGUAAAGUUUUGCUCAAGCAACAUCCGGCCCAGAACGAUGGAUCGGAAGGAAGCGACAAACAGGACUGUAAAGCCGCCGGGAGGUCAUCGAUAUCGGUGUCGUUUGUGAGUGUGAUGAACUCAUCAAAGUUUGUGGAGGGCAAGCAGAAAGUUAAAUCCCCUGGGCUUUCAUCGGACGAUGGUUACUGUAAUAUCGAACAAUCAGGUUGUGACGAAAGAUUUUUUGAGUGUGGAGCGAUGGCUGAAGAUGAAUCUUUAAAUAUUAAUGCGGAAUCCAGUUGCUCCAGUGCUAGAGGAAGACAUUCAAGUCUGUAUGGGUCGGUGAAACGAGAUGGUCGACCUGAAAAACAUGUUACUUCCAUGCUAGACGCCGAAGAAGACUAUCGGGGUCCUAAAGUUUUAUCGAAGCAAUUUUUAAGGAGACAAUGUGAGCUAUUGCGAUUCAACGAACAGAGUCGCAGUGAAGUGUUCUUCCCAAACAUACCAUCUCAAAGCGAUGAUUAUAUUGAUUUAAUCCAAGGUAGUUUCUGCAAAUACAAUAAAACCCUAACGUUUCUGGGUAUGGAUAGCGAUCUAUAUCACGCAUUUGCUGAACGAUUAGGAGUGGACGUUUUGAGUGAACCCAAUCGAUCAGUCGCGAUCAUUGUUGACCAGGAGGUCGAAUCCACGUAUCGGCUACAGGAAACCAUAAGUUUGUCAUCGUUAGCCAAAUUGGUACACAGUUACUACAAUCGAACGCAACCUCGAUACCUUAGGUCUAGUAAUGUUUUCUUCAAAAAUACACAUUCCUUCAAUACAAGCGAGUUUAGGAAGGAAUCUCGUCGGAUGGCAGACGGAAAACGAUUGGAACUGAAGGAAGCUGCUGCUAUUAGAAAAACGCGUGAUGAACCAACUGAACAGCGUGUAAAUGGUUCUGUCUCAACUAUUGACAAGACUAGCUCUUCACCAGCAGAACAUGAUCAACAGUUGUACCACAACCAUCGGCAUCAUCUGGUUAGAGAGAUUAAUAGUCGUAACUUUCAGCAAGCUGUCGUUGAAUCUAAUAAGACUGUUGUUGUUCACUUCUACUCCACUCACUGUGCCUUCUGCAGUAUGCUGUCGCAGCAUUUGCUCACGAUUUCCCGUUUGCUGAAGAGCCAGCCGGGGUUGGAGUUUGUUCGCGUCGAUGGCGACCGGAACGAUAUGCGAUGGGAGUACAGUAUGGAGCUGUUUCCCACUUUGAUUAUUUUCCCCAAUCAACGAAAAUCUGAAAGUCGCGUUUUCGAACGCGAGCUUCCACUAACCGUCGGAAACCUUCUGGGAUUCAUUAUGUCCAAUUUGAGUCCCGCGGAAAGGCUCCACGCCAAUUCGUUACUUUGUGAUUCUGUGAAAUCCUCUUCGGCCGAAGGCUGUCUCGUAACGUUGAAGCGUGAGCUCAGCAGCAGUAUUUUGCUAACCUUGCGCCACUAUAGGCAGCUGCAGGCCAGCGGAAGGCCGGCAAGGGCCCGUGUCCGGUUGCUCAACCGAUUGCAGGUCAUCCACGAGUUCUAUCUCACUACGCUGCGCUGUUUUAGUCAUUCCUGUGAUUUUACCCAGUUAAAGAAUAGCGCCAGAAUGCUUCUCACCCUCUGGCCAACGAUACCGACCUAAGGGGAGCUUGGUUCCAGUCCAACCACGCCGAUAGAAUCAAGCUGUACGCAUUUGAUCGGAGAUUUAUUCUUGAACUUUUCCCCGAAACAACUUAGGAUGCUCCGUGAGCCCUGUGGAUAUUGAUAUUUUUAUUUGAGCUCUUCUGUUUUAUUUCUCCAUUUAUUUACGUUUUGUUUUUUUUUAUAGUAUUUAAAACCAAUUUAAUCUACUGCAUGCUUUGCAAGAUCUCGUAGUAGAUAUUACGUUAACUGAUUAAUGUAAAAGUCAACGCCAAAUUAGAGCAGCAUUGAAUGAUGCUCGAUAUCAUUCUGAGAAGCAAGUGCAAUCGGGACUGCCGAGUUACUGAACUUAAUAAAAUAAUAACCCUAUAGUUAUGAUUGCGAAUCUAAUCGAAGUGUAGAAAAGUCAAGUUUUGCAAGUGGCAUCUGGAGCUGUAAAUAUAUAGGAUAUCCUAACUAACAAAUGAUCGUGCGUAGUUAAAUCAAUCAAUAAGAUCAACUGACGGUAGCGAAACUUAGUUAUUGUGUUGUAACAUUCGGGAAGUUUGUUACAAUUUCUCAUAUAAAAUAUUUGGCAAAACUUUUAUAACUCUUAUCCGCCGAAGAGGAAAUUCAUGAGAUAAUAUAUUUUGUUCAUAAAUAAA